AUGCGCGACGUGGCUGCCCUCCGCGUCGUUGUUGUGUCGGACCGCGACGCCAUGAGCAGCGUGACCAAGGACUGGAUCAAAAAUGUGUUUCAUAUCCAGUCGGUGCAUGCCCUCGACCGGGUCUGUAGCAACCGCGUCACCCAACGGCCGUGCGUGGCCGAGCUCGGGUGGGGCUUUGUCAAGCAAGGUAGCAAAUUCGAGACCGUCAUGGUGCUACACGUGAUCGGCGAGUACCACCGCCUCGACACGUUCAUCGAAGCGUUUGCCGACGCCAUCGUUAUCGACGUUGGGCAGGACGGCGGCAGCAACGUCCCCAUGCGCCGAGGGUGCGUCCUCAAGUGGCAGCACUCGAACGAAGACGAAGACGACGAAGAUGUGUCGGAAGAUGGAUCCGUGGUUACGACGAUCGAGAUGCGAUGCCCCAUUUCAUCGUCGUACGCGUCGAUACAAGAGUACUUGUUCAUGUAUGGCAUGCCGGAGAAGGGUGCGGCGGGGCGUGUCCCGGUGCCAGAGAUCGCCGCCGCGUCGACGGCACUUGUCCCGACUCGCCCGGCCGCCGUCAGCGCGGCUGCGGUUUGCCUCGCCACGGACUUUGCAUCGUUCCGCACACACACGCUCAAACUCCAGCGCAUCUUCGUCGAAGAGGCCAAGCUCAUGAUCAUGUACCACCGGGAAACCAACGUCGCGAAUAAAGAAAUGCACCUCGAGAAAGCGCGCCAACUCAGGCAGCACAACACGCAGAUCUCCCGCGUCGUGCAGGACCAUCCGUUGAUUGCUCACUUCAUCGAAGCGCUCAAGCACCAGUCGCCCGUGGCGCGCGAACGGGCAAUCAUCGACUUGGAGCUGCACCUGGCUGCUUCGAGCGAGCGCGCGAGCGAGACAGCGCGCCACGAGUACCGCCGCGCCCGCGACGCCGUCAACCGCGCCAAGACCCGCGCCACGCAGCAAGCGUACGUGGAUGCGCUCGAGACGUGGGGGCUCAUGGUGACAGGGCUCGAACACUUGUGGCGCGAGCUGUCGCACAUGUUUGUCGGUAGCCCGCGGGAAUACGGCCACUUCCCCGAGCUCGCUGCCAUGCAUUUACUCGAUGGAUUUCCGAUGGAACUCAUGGACGGGGACGCCGCCAUGGUGAACCUCAAGUGGAUCACGGCGAUUCUCAACAAGCUCGAGGACAAGCUCCCGACGGCCCGCAUCUUUGUGCUGUCCAUCAUGGGCGUCCAGUCGGCGGGCAAAUCGACGCUGCUCAACUACAUGUUUGGCGUGCGGCUCCGCACGAGCGUGUCGCGGUGCACUCGCGGCGUUAGCCUCCAGCUCCUCCAGUGCGACGGGCGCGCCGAGUACGACUACAUCUUGCUCCUCGACACCGAGGGGAUUCGGUCCCCCGAGUACAUUGGGACGGAGGGCAGCGUGUGGCGCGACAAUCGCAUGGCGACGCUUGCGAUUCUCCCGUCGGACGCCACGAUCAUCCUGACCAAGGGCGAGUCAACCGUCACGAUCAGCGAGAUCUUGCCCAUCGUGCUGUCGGUGUUUCUCGACUCGGAGCUGACCGAGAAGCACCGGGGACAGCUCGCGUCCAAGUUUUACUUUGUGUUCAACCAGAUUGACACAAGCCAGAGCACCAACAUGGAAACCAUCGUGGACACGCUGCUGCGCAACCUCCGGUCCAACGCGAAAAAAAUACAAGCGAUCCGUGGCAACCCCAUGGCGACGUCCGACGACGAGGAGGAAUCGUCGAUCAAGUACUUUUCACAGUUCCAAGUCGACAUCAAGGACGAAGACGCGAGCGACGUGCGAUUCCUUGGCACGAUCAAAGGGUCGAGCGAGCCGCCGGACGAUGCGCCGACGCCCCAGUACGGCAAACGGCUGCUCAAGUUUCGCGAUUACAUCCACGACCGCGCGAGCCACUACGUCGGUGCGACCGGCCAGCUCGUCAAGAAUCGCCCGUGGACGGGCAGGCUCGUCCGCGAAUUCAACGACGAUCUCACGCGUGUGUGGGAAUGUAUCAACCAGUCCAACUUCCAAAUGGACUUUUUGGCGGCGCACGAGCGUGUGUCGUACGACGAGCUCAUCCGCAUCAUGACGCAGCACAAGCAGCACCUGGCCCGCGCGUACUCGGAAGCGUUCGACACAGUCCUUCAGCACAUUUGCGACGACAACGCCAACAAUGUCCGCGUCGACGAGCACAGCCGCAAGUACGAACACAAGCUCAAGCAGGAGGUCCAGCCCGCCGUGUUUCGACUCGACACGCUCGCGUGCGCCGACUUGGACGCGGACAAGUUUGCCAAGUGGAAGCUCGAUCAAGAAAUCAAGUGGCAGAACCACAAGAUCAACCAAGAAGCGCACACGCUUCGGCUCGUCAAGGACAAAGUGAACCAAGUGUUUUUGUACGACAUUCACGUGAAAAAGUACAAGGAGAUGCUGUACGACGAAAUCACGACCAAGUUUCGCGACGCGGGCAACCGAGGGGCGACCAAGACCAAGUUUCACUUGACGGACAAAGCGUUUGAAGACUUGUUUGAAAGACUCAUGUACAAGGCCAAGGCGGACCACCCCCCCGUCGCGCCGACCGUGUGCCCGGCCAUCUACGAGCUGUUUGUCCACGGCGGGCUGUUCAACCCAAAGCAACUGAGCUUUCUCCAUCAGCAGCGGCGGCGAGGACCCACGGCCCGCGUCGACGUCGUCCGCAUGCGGCGGGCCAACGACACGAUCUUGCUCCAGUCGACCGAAGCCACGCAGCUCGAAGUCCAAGAGUACGUUCGGUCGCUCCUCGUCGACACGCAGCGGUAUAGCCAAGACGUGGCGACCGACUGCAUCCUCCAGACCAAAGAGUUUCUCGCCAAGCUCCGCCUGCCCAACACCACGUACGACGCGUGUGUGCCGGUGCUGUACACGACGCUCGUGUCGCAGUUCAAGGCGAUCCAAGAGAAAUGGGACGAAGAAAACAGCGUGUCGGCCAAGUUUGCCACGUGCAAGCCCGUCAUGAAGAAGUUUGCGCAGCAUUUGUGCUCGGGGCAUAAGGCAGCGGACCUCCUCAUUGCAACACUCGACGACUGGAUUGCCAACCAUUUGUCGAAAGCCGUGGCAGAAGAAGUCGUGAGCUCCGUCGCGUCCACACUCAAGCACGAACCGUGGGUGUCGGACGCACGGUCGAUGCAAGCGUAUUUGGACCACAGUUUGCUGUGCGAGAUGAAAGCAAAGCGCAUCGACAACGUGCUCAGGUGGCUCCAGUCGCCGACGGACCACAGCGCGCUCGUCAUCCAAGGCUUGAUUCAAGCCAAGGUGAAAGAGUGCUUUGGGACGGCCGCCGACACGAUUGUAACCACGAUGAAAACGUGCGUGACGACGGCGGCGACGGACGCUGCCACGUUCGACAGAGAUCGAUCAAAGCGAUUCAUCGUCGCGCUUCGUCAUAGCUUGCAAAAGGCGCUCAAGGGCAGCGGCAGGUCCGUGCUCGUCGAAAACCUCCCAAACGCGGACGACGACGUCAUGAACUGCGACCACCACGGCCCGACCAUCUUCACCACGAGCAAGGACGUUAACGUGCUCACUUCGACCAUGCAGAGCCUUGAGCGCCACAAAGCAGCCCUCCGGCCAUCCAACUACACCACGGCCGAGCUUGCCGACGGCAUUCUCAAGAUGAUUCGCACGGAAGCGUACGGCGCGUCCAGCGGCGUCGUCCCGCGCUGUGGAAUGCCAUGCCCGCGGUGCUUUUGUCCGUGCACCAAGGCGUUGGGCCACAAGUUGAGCGAUGAUCCGAACGAGGCCCUCCACGACACAUACCAUCAGCCCAAGGGCAUCAUCGGGUCGUAUAAAGUGGAAACCGGGCAACUCGUGGCUGGGACGUGUCCGGCGGCGGUCGAGAAAGACGUGUACAUGGUGCUGGAAGGCGGCGACCGGUCGUUCCGUGAGUUUGACAAAGUUUACCCAGGGUGGGCGAUCCCGACCAAGCAGGAACCGCUGCCCCUGCGCGAAUACAUCUUUGCCACGUACCAGGCGCAGCUUGCCGAGAUGCACAACAAGGCCAAGUGCGUGCGCAUCCCGCGCGAGUAUUACCACGACCUGGACGACAUCACGCGCAAGAUCCAGCGACUGCUCCACAAGAACUAG